CCCUCGCUGCCGGCUGGGCCCGGUUCGGUGCGCGGCCCCCCCCCCCCGUCCCGCUGCCACCCGCCGGCCUGGCCGUCACGGGUGGUUUGCCCACAGUCCCCCGUGAGGAGGCUGUUGGCUUCGGGCACUGCUCAAUAAGCUCCUCCUCGUUUCCCCUCAGUUCCUGCAUCGCCGGCUCCAUCGCCAUGGCCUCAGGCACCGGAGCUGCACCCAAGGGUGCUGCAGGAGCCAGGAGCGCCACGCUGAAGAGGUGCCUCGACGUGCUGCGAGACGCCAGCAACGACAGCGAGCAGUUUGCUGCCUUGCUUCUGGUGACCAAAGCGGUCAAAGCUGGAGAAGUGGACUCAAAGACCCGCCGCCAGAUCUUUGACGCAAUUGGAUUCACGUUUCCAAAUCGCCUGCUGACCUCCAGGGAGCCCCCAUCGGGCUGCCCCGAGCACACCUUCAGGGCACUCGGCCUCACUCUGUUGGCAUGUUUCUGCACCGAUCCGGAGUUAGCUGGCCACUCGCAGAUCCUGAACAAAAUUCCAACCUUCAAUGACGUCCUGGUUUCGCCCUGUGAUCCGGACAGCACGUCCAUGAUCGAUGAUGCAUACCAGUGCCUGACUGCUGUCAUGGCCACUCCCAGGGGUCCCAGGGAGCUGGUGACCAAAGGAACAGUGGCUGCCCUCUGCCGUGCCUAUGUGAAUGGCAAUUAUGGCUCUGACCGUGCCUUGACGCUGCUUUUGGGGCUGCUGGCUGUAGCAGAGGCAAAGUGCUGGCAGAGAGAUGCUCAGCACCUCCUGGCCGUGCUGAGCAAGCUCACUGAAGAGUUUCUUAAUGCUGAAGACAUGACCAAAUUUGAGCUGUGCGAGCUUUUACCUCACUUUAUCCCCCUCUCCUCACCACUCACACGGGACUCAAAGGGCUCUGAAUGCCUCCAUAGAAUUUACAAAGGGCUGGCCAAAAUUUUGGGCAGUAAACUCAGCCAUUCACAGCGGGACCCUGCUCUGAAGCUUGCUGCCUGCCUCAUGCAGGCCUGUGGGCCAGAGUGGAUCCCAGCAGGGAGUACUGGUAGCAAGUUCCUGGCCUUGCUGGUGAACUUGGCUUGUGUGGAGGUCCGCCUGGCCCUAGAGGAGCCAGAUCCCAUGGACACAGAGCGGAAAAAAGAAGUGGUAACAGCCUGCUAUGUCCUCAUGGAGAUGGGCAUCCAGGAGUGUCUGAAAGAAGAGGAAUCGCUGCUGGAAGAAGCACAGAAAAUGCAGCUCAUAAGGAUCAUGGAGGAAGCAUUUGGAGCUAUAAUAUAUUAUUUGAGGCAGGUUACAGAGGAGGAGCUGCAGGACCCUUUUGUGUUUGCUUCUGUUCGAAUCCUUGGAGCCUGGCUGGCAGAAGAGACAUCUGCCCUCAAGCAGGAGAUCUGCGAGCUGCUGCCUUUCCUCGUUCGUUAUGCCAAGAAGCUUUUCAACAGUGGCACAGCUGAGGGUCUUCCCCAGGCGGAGGGGGUGCAGGCUGGGUUGGCCAGCACCGAAGGUUCUGUCCUACCCCAGGAUGCUCUGAGAUUUCUGCUGCCGGGCUUUUGCCAUUUAACAGCCGAGGACAGGCCCAGGGAAAUCCUCAUCUCCGAAGGGGCACCGGCGCUGCUGUGUGACUACUUCCUGCAUCAGUGGAAGGUGCUGACCUCCGAGCCUGGGUCCCUGACACCCCUGACGAGCACUGAGAUGAGCCUACAGACUGCGUGUGGGAUUUUCCUUAACCUGGUCGUGACUGCACCCGACCUCAUCAGGCAAGAGAAAACCUUUUGCUCCUUGAUGGACACAUUGCUGAAGGCUCUUCCAUUUCUGCUACCUCAGAAGGAUCACCUGGUUCUAGCAGCUAACGUUGCCACUCUGGGCUUGAUGAUGGCCAGGGUCCUUGCAAGUUCAGCAGUUCUCCAGGAAACCCAGUCCACCAAGGAGUUUUUCGGAGCCACCAUUCGCUUCCUGUCAGAGGCCCACACGGCCCAAGCAGACCCCAGCAGCCACCAGCUGGCCCUGGCCGUGUCCCCUGCCUACGCCAGUGCCUGGGGUGACAUCGGUGAGCUCUGGUUCCUGGGGAUGCAGGCCUUGGCCGGCUGCGUGCCGCUCUUCCCAUGGCUGCCACAAGCUGUCCUCCAGGCGCGGUGGCUGGAAGCUCUCUCGGAGGUUCUGGCGCGCGUUGCUCCGGCCUCGGUGGAUUUUGAACUCGUUGCUGCUUUCCAGGGCGUGCUGGUGGAGCUGGCCAGAGCCAGCAAGCAGUGCAGGGAAGUGAUCCUGUCCCACAACGGGGAGGAGUGGGCCAACCUGUACGGCAUGGCAGCUUUGGAACAGUGUCUGUCCGAGCAGUAGAGCUCAACAGGUUUUGUUCUGUCCAGAACCUGACACGAAGAAUUGUUGCUGCCUCAGAACAUUUCAAGGUGUCCCUGCUUGACCUUCUGUCAGUACUUUGCUUUAAAAACAGCCCAUUUUAUUAUUAAAGAGGUUUUCUACUGCGUCAUUUUUCCAACUCA